AUGCCGCCAAAGGGAGGCGGCGCGAACGGCAAGCAGCAGCAGCAGCAGCGCCAGGGCGGGAAGAAGGGAGGUAAGAAGAGCGACGAGGACGACUUCGACGCCCUCCUCGCGAAUGCGGUGAGGGAGACGCAGGCGGCCAUGCCCAAACACGGGAAUGGGCACCAGCAGAAGGACAAACACAAGAAGGGUGGAAAGCAGAGGCAGGAAGCAAACGCCACAGAGGCGGCGACGGCGGCGAAGGACGACGACGUGGACGUCAAAGUCAUCAGCACCGCCGACCACGUCGACAAUCCGUAUCCGCAGGUGGAGCCAGGCAUGCAGCGGCAGACGUGGCCGGAGCCGACUGUCCCUGUGUCGCUGCAGUUCGCCGAGGGGAAGUUUCCCCCCGGUGAGAUUUGCGAACACCCAGGCGAGGUGAAUGCCUACCGUCACAGUAGCGAAGAAAAGCGGGCGCUGGAGAAGGCGACGGAGCAGCAGGUGCAGGAGCUGCGCCAGGCUGCGGAGGUGCACCGGCAGGUGCGUCGCUACGCCCAGAGCUUCAUCAAGCCUGGUAUUUCACUCAUCUCCAUGACCGAUCGCAUCGAGCGGAAGUUGGAGGAGCUUGUCGUGAAGGACGGGCUUGCCCGCGGGCAGGCGUUUCCCACCGGUUGCUCACUAAACCACGUGGCCGCCCACUACACACCGAACACCGGUGACAAGACGGUUCUGACCUACGACGAUGUCAUGAAGGUGGAUUUUGGCGUACAAGUCAAUGGCCGGAUUAUCGACUCCGCGUGGACGGUGGCAUUCAACGACACCUACACCCCAUUGCUGCAGGCAGUAAAGGCAGCCACGUACGAGGGCGUUAAGCAGGCUGGCAUUGAUGUCCGCCUCUGUGACAUUGGCGAGGCCAUCCAGGAGGUGAUGGAGUCCUACGAGGUGGAGAUCAACGGCAAGGUGUACCCGGUCAAGAGCAUCCGCAACCUCUGCGGCCACAACAUUGGCCCCUACGUCAUUCACGACGGCAAGUCCGUGCCUAUUGUGCGGGGUGGCGAGACGGUUAAAAUGGAGGAGGGGGAACUCUUCGCCAUUGAGACCUUCGGCUCCACGGGGCGAGGCGUCGUGCAGGAGGAUAUGGAGUGUUCACAUUACAUGAUGGUGCCGGGCGGGGAGAGGAAGCAGUUGCGCUCCGACAAGGCUCAGCAUUUGUUGAAGCACAUCAACAAGACGUACGGAACACUGGCAUUUGCGCGGAAGUGGCUGGACCGUGACGGCUAUGACAGACACCUGCUGAAUCUGAACCAUCUGGUGGAGGCGGGGGCCGUCAACAAGUAUCCCCCCCUCUGCGACGUGAAGGGCUGCUACACGGCACAGUAUGAGCACACCAUCCUGCUGAAGCCAACAGCGAAGGAGAUUCUCUCCAAGGGUGAUGACUACUAG